AUGGCGGCUCAUUCCUCAACUUCCAGUAAUAACCGAGCUUUGAGAACCGCAAAUUCUAAUCAGUUUUUUGAAUGGAGGGAGUUUGUAUGGGGAGCUAUAGCUGGAGCAUUUGGAGAAGGAAUAAUGCACCCUAUUGAUACCAUCAAGACUCGGAUUCAAAGCCAGGCUAUUCUAUAUGGAAGUCAAAAUCAAAAGAGCCUGUUACAUAUGGUCCAAUCAGUAUGGAAAAUUGACGGAUUAAAGGGCUUUUAUAGGGGCAUAGCUCCCGGAGUUACUGGUUCACUUGCCACUGGAGCUACAUAUUUUGGUGUUAUUGAAUCCAGUAAGAAAUGGAUUGAAGAAAGACAUCCUAACCUUGACGGUCACUGGGUUCAUUUCAUUGCUGGAGCAGUUGGUGAUACACUGGGUUCAUUUGUAUAUGUUCCAUGUGAAGUUAUGAAGCAGCGAAUGCAAGUUCAAGGCACUAGGUCAUCUUGGAAUUCCCUUCCCAUGAAGAAUAAUAUCUCUAUGAAUCCUGGUAGGCCAAUGUAUGGCUAUUAUUCAGGGAUGUUCCAGGCUGGUCGUUCAAUCUUGAAGGAACAAGGAUUAAGAGGAUUAUAUGCGGGAUAUUGGUCUACACUUGCUAGGGAUGUGCCGUUUGCUGGUCUAAUGGUCAUGUUUUACGAGGCGCUGAAGGAUUUCACCGAGUUUGGGAAGCGAAGAUGGAUGCCUAAUUCAGAUGUUAAUAGCUCCUUGGAAGGACUUGUGUUAGGGGGAUUAGCUGGUGGUAUGAGUGCUUAUCUGACUACUCCCCUGGAUGUGAUAAAAACAAGAAUACAAGUUCAGGGAUCAACUUUAAGGUAUAACGGCUGGUUCGAUGCGGUGAGAACUAUCUGGCGGAGCGAGGGAACGAAGGGAAUGUUUAGGGGUAGCAUACCCAGAAUCACAUGGUAUAUUCCAGCUUCUGCUCUAACUUUUAUGGCUGUGGAAUUUCUGAGAGACCAUUUCAAUGAGAGAUUGGAUGUUAAAUACAAAAACGAAGCUGCUACUUUAUUAGUUGAUAGAAGAGGAACAUUAUGAGAAGCAGCAUUACCUGCUCGAGACUGAAUUGAGUUUCGGUCCAUCAUCGACUCUUGUCGAAUUUUGCAGAUAAACAUUAUAUGUUUUUCAGUACCAAUCAAUCAAGAGGAUCAUUAAUCCAUGACUUGGGGAGUGGUCUGUGUUUAUUAUGUGAGAGACCCACAACCAAGACAUCAGAAGCAAAAGAAAUGAGUAGAUAGACAAUAAUGUUAGUUAUCCAUCCUUGAGGUCCUGUUCCUUCAUGUAAUCUCAAUUCUUUGGUUAGCUACAGCCCACAGGUUUAAUAAACUGGUAUAAACUCCAAUAGAAAAAAGAGAGAAAAGAGUACACAUUUGAGUGCUCUAUAUGA